AGUAGAAUAAAUAAAUAAAACCAUGGCAAAGAAAAAGCCCUCACCGUUAAAAAUAAACCCGGAGGACGAGCAGUUGCUAAGCGACAACACGUCAGCAACAAGUUCUCGGAGAUCCUCCGCGGGUGGUGGUUUGGCUUAUUUGGCUUCACGUAGGAAUUCACUAAGUCCUAAAUUAUUACAAAAAUGCGAGCUCGAAAAAAGACAAAAGAAAUCCACGUCGCAACGGAGGCAGAGCAAUUUUUUGGAAUUGCCAGUCCUCGAAUUCGGGAAGAACAGCCCCCGGAAGCACCGUGUGGGUUCCCUCCCCGCCCGCAGUUACCAUGGCAACCACCCGCACCAUCACCAUGGCGACUCCUCCGAUACGGAUGACGAGGACGAUUCCGAGAUUAACGUUGACGCCACGGCGUUGAUGUACCGUUUGAGAAAUUUUAACAUUAAGGACAAUCGCGUUGUCAACGAAGGCGACGAAGUGUUGCCUAGAAACAGCAGGAGAUUCAUUAAAUCCAAUCCGAGCACCAGGAAUUCGUCGAGAAACUCGCCAAUCUCGUCGUCAUGUUGUAAUUCGAACAAUUCGAUGGAGUCGAUUUACUCGGAAAUCAGCGACACGACGAGCGGGGAUUUUUUCUUUGGUUCGGAAGAGAACCGGUAUCGAGUGGUCAUGUUGGGUCACUCGGGAGUCGGGAAAAGCGCAUUGGUCAAUCAGUUCAUGACCUCAGAGUACAUUUCCACGUAUGACGCCAGUUUGGACGACGAAUUUGGGGAGCGGACGAUUUCCGUGCAGCUCGACGGCCAAGAAUCCGAACUCGUUUUCAUCGAUCAUCCCUGCUCGGAGAUGUCGCCGGAAAACUCCCUGGCAACGUACAACCCGCACUGUUGCAUAAUCGUAUAUUCGAUAACGGAUCGUCAUAGUUACGCCGUUGCCGAGGAGAUUUUGCGCUAUCUUUGGCAGGUGGAGACGAGCUCAAAGGCCGUGAUUUUAGUGGGAAACAAGUGUGAUUUGGAACGGGCUCGCGAAGUGCAAGUGCAUGAAGGAAAAACCCUGGCAACGACCUAUUCAGCGAAAUUCAUCGAAACGUCGCCCGGCCUUCAGCACAACGUGGACGAGUUGCUCGUGGGUUCUCUGAAGCAGUGUCGUCUCCGCCACAGUUUCCAUGACAACCAGAGGAGGAAACAGAGAAAAAGUUUGAAACAUAAGAGGAAGAGGAAUAUUUUUUCGAUUCACGAGUUGGCAUGGGAAUUGUUGAGGAAAUUGGUGCAGGCCGAGGAUUUGCUGAUUAAGAAGUCGAAAUCGUGCCAAAAUUUACAUGUUUUGUAAUUUUUUUGGGGGGGUUUUAUUGGAAUAAAAUUGGGGGUUUUUUUGGGUAAUA